AAAAAAUUAUAAUCAACAAAGACAUGUUACAGAAUAUCACAAAACAAUUACCACUGGCGGAUGAAGGUGUAUGGCUUGUGGCCGAAUAGGUAUAUCUCCUUCCUCGGUUCGAAUCCCACGUCAGUUGCAAUUGUUGCAGAGGCAGAGGCUGCCCCCAACACACCAAGCAAAUCGAUUAACACUAUCAAGCGAAAAAGCUUCCCGAAAGGCUUCGUUUUUGGUCCAGCAUCUUCGUCUUAUCAGUAUGAAGGUGCUGCUUUUGAGCAAGGGAAAGGACCAAAUAUUUGGGAUAACUAUACUCAUCAAUACCCAGAGAGAAUUGUCGAUCGCAGUAACGGAGAUAUAGCCGUUGAUUCAUACCACCGCUACAAGAAAUGAUUUUCGAGACUAUGCUGACCUUUGCUUCAAGGAGUUUGGAGAUAGAGUCAAACGUUGGAUCACUUUGAACGAACAAAGCACCAUCACCAUACAGGGUUACGUAAUAGGAACACAUGCCCCAGGCAGAUGUUCAAAAUGGAUGAAUCGUAAUUGUACUGGUGGGGAUUCUGGAACUGAACCAUAUAUUGUCGGUCACAACUUAAAUCUUGCUCACGCUAAUGCGGUCCAUGUUUACAAGACCAAAUACCAGAAAGCACAAAAAGGUGAGAUUGGCAUCACACUAGGGACCACUUGGUUUGUCCCAUAUUCAAAUACUCGGGAAGACAGAGAAGCUGCAAGUCGAAUUCUUGAUUUCAAUUAUGGUUGGUUCGUGCAUCCACUCGUGUAUGGAGAUUAUCCACUCGUUAUGAGAACCCGCGUAGAGGAUAGAUUGCCCAAAUUCACAAAGGAAGAAAGCAUUUUGAUCACAGGAUCGUACGAUUUUCUUGGUAUCAACUACUACACAGCUACUUAUGCAAUAGACACUUCCAAUUCUACCCCAUCUACUCCACCCAACUACCUGACUGAUAUGGCUGUAAAUAUUACAAGUGAACGUGACGGUGUCCCGAUUGGUCCAAGGGUGAACGAAUCAUCUUGGCUUGCAGUUUAUCCACAAGGAUUGAAAGAAAUAUUGUUAUACACAAAAAACAACUAUAAAAAUCCAAAUAUCUAUAUCACAGAAAAUGGAUACCUCGACUUUGAUAGUCCUCAAGUUGAUAAACUAAUUAACGAUACGGAUAGAGUCAAUUACUUUAAAGAUCAUCUUCAUUAUCUUCACAAAUCAAUCGAGGCUGGUGUAAGGGUAAAAGGGUAUUUUGCAUGGUCAUUAUUGGACAACUUUGAAUGGGGAAGUGGAUUUACAGUGCGCUUUGGUCUCACAUACAUUGAUUACAAGAACCAGUUGAAGAGAAUUCCAAAAAGCUCUAAAAUGGUUCCAAGAUUUCCUCAAGAAAUGAUGAUGUUCCACCAACCAGUUCAUGUUAUAUAUUUUGCUGUACUAUUAAUAUGUGUUAUGUAUUAUUGUAACCUUGUUGCUCUACUAUUAUGUUACAUGUUUCCUCUCGAUGUUUUCUCUUAGUUGUUCAAUAAAAUAAAUUUGAUCUUGCUUUU